AUCAGCAACCGGCCAAUCCCUCACGGUCUCACCCAGGAAACCGAGGGAGAGGGAGAACAAUGACCGCGCCGGAUCCGCCGCCGCGGCCCGGGAAGCCCACGCUGCCGUGGCGCGCUCGGCUGCUGGUGGGCGGCGCCUCCGCCCUGCAUGGGGCCUCGUUCCGAGGCGACGGCACCGUGAACCGGUUCCUGGUCUCCCUCUUCGACCGCCCCGCGCCGCCCACGCCGGCCCCUGUCGCCGGCGUGGCAUCGACGGACCACGCCGUCUCCGACCACCUGCGCGUUCGCCUCUUCACCCCCACGACUGCUGCAGGAGAUGAGGACAGCAAGCAGCGCCCGGUCCCGGUUGUCGUGUACUUCCACGGCGGCGGCUUCGUCUUCCACUCCGCGGCGACGGCGCAGUACGACGAGCUGUGCCGCCGCCUCGCCUCGGGCAUCCCAGCCGUCAUCGCCUCCGUCGACUACCGCCUCGCGCCCGAGCACCGCUUCCCGGCGCCCUACGACGACGGCGAGGCGGCCCUCCGUUGGGUCCUCGCCGACGCGGGCGGCGCGCUCCCGUCUCCCCCCGCGGCCGUCUUCGUGGCCGGGGACAGCGCCGGCGGCAACGUCGCCCACCACGUCUCCGCACGCCUCCCGGCGGGCGUCGCGGGCCUCGUCGCCCUGCAGCCGUUCUUCGGCGGCGAGGCGCCGACGGAGUCCGAGCUGCGGCUCCGCGACGCGCCGUUCGGGGCGCCCGGGCGGCUGGCGUGGCUGUGGCGCGCGUUCCUUCCCCCUGGGGCCACGCGGGACCACGAGGCCGCCAACGUGCCGGACGCGAUCCGGCGCGACGCCGACGCGGGAGAUGGGCGGUGGCGCGCGUUCCCGCCGGCCGUGGUGUGCGUCGGCGGGUGGGACGCGCACCAGGACAGGCAGAGGGCGUACGCGGGCGCGCUCCGCGCCGCGGGCGCCGAGGACGUCGCGGUGGCGGAGUACCCGGACGCCAUCCACGCGUUCUACCUGCUCGGGGAGCUCGCGGACAGCAGGAAGCUGUUGGGCGACGUCGCGGAGUUCGUGAACCGGCGCGCGGAGCAGCUAGAGAAACGCGCGCUGGAUCAAGCGAGAGACUAGGGCUAUCAUUCACGCUGAUUGUUGCAAGAUGCAAUGCAUGAAUUCAUGGGAAAUCGCACGGAACAGCUUAUGCUCUGGUAGGAUAGAUGAUGAAAAUUCCCCCCAGUUCAAAA